ACUGCAACCGAUAGCAAUGGAAGAUCAAAACUCUCUAUCACCCUCAUCGUCUCCGCCACCGCCGCCACCACUGCCGCCGCCGCCGCCGCCGCGAGACGAACCCGAUUCAAAAAAGCUCAAAAUGUCGACCACCACCACCACCACCACCACCACCACCACUUCCGAUGACGAAGACCGCACUACCAACAGCGUCAGCACGGAGAAAAAGCCUAGAUACAAGCGAAGAAAAGUAGCCAUACUCUUCGCCUACUGUGGAGUAGGCUACCAAGGCAUGCAAAAGAACCCUGGAGCGAAAACCAUCGAAGGAGACCUCGAAGAAGCUCUUUACUUCUCAGGCGCCGUACCUGAAACUGACCGCGGUUACCCAAAGCGUUUCGAUUUUGCUCGAUCUGCCCGAACCGAUAAGGGAGUUAGCGCUGUCGGGCAGGUGGUUUCUGGGAAGUUCUAUGUAGACCCGCCUGGCUUCGUGGAACGCCUAAACAACAACUUGCCUUCUCAGUUUCGAAUUUUCGGGUAUAAGCGUGUGACGGCGUCGUUUAGUGCAAAAAAGUUCUGCGAUCGCCGGAGGUAUGUUUAUUUGUUACCGGUUUUUGCUCUUGACCCUGCAUCUCAUCGUGAUAGAGAAAGUGUGUUGGCUAGUUUGGGGUCUGAGAAUGAGCUUGUUAAGUGUUUAGAGUGCUCUGAGAGAGGCCGGAAAGUUCUCAAUACAAUGGGUAAACCAGAAACCGGAACUAUAACAGGUUCUGAAGUUGAAAUUCAGUCAGGCAUUUCGUCAAACGGUUUAAGUGCAUUAUCAGAUUCUGAUGGUAAGCAGGAAAAUCCAACAUCUUUGCACAAUGUGAACUCUAAACCUGUGAUUGUUGAGUGCAAAUCAUUGGGGACUUCAUCAACUUCAAACGAGGGUUGUAAUAUAAAUGGUGUUGGCAAUGGAGUAGGUGAUGACAUUGUAAAAGAGAAUGUGUUCCGUUAUGGUGACAAAGAGAAGGAGAGGUUUAAUAAGAUUCUUAAACAUUAUGAAGGAACUCACAAUUUUCAUAAUUUCACCACAAGAACAAAGGCGGCUGACCCAUCUGCUAAUCGCUACAUUAUCUCGUUUCACGCUAACACUACUGUCACAGUUGACGGGAUUGAAUUCGUCAAAUGUGAGGUUGUUGGACAAAGCUUUAUGCUUCACCAGAUAAGGAAGAUGAUUGGUGUUGCUGUUGCGAUCAUGAGGAAUUGUGCUCCGGAAUCGCUGAUGGAAACCGCUCUACAACAGGAUGUUAGAAUCAGUGUGCCUACAGCUCCUGAAGUCGGUUUAUAUUUGGACGAAUGCUUUUUCACAUCAUAUAACCAGAAAUGGAAAGACACUCAUGAAGAAGUUUCGAUGAAAGCUUAUGCAGAGGAGGCUGAGGAAUUCAAAUUGAAGCAUAUUUAUUCUCACAUUGCAGCAACAGAGCAUAAAGAAGGAGCUGUUGCUGUUUGGCUCCAUUCUCUCAACCACCGAAAUUAUCCAGACUUAGGCCCAGAAGAGAAUGAGGUGCCGGAACCUCAAGUUGAAGAGUCAAUCGGGUGCAACCGAGAUCUGUUAGAUCACCUGGACUCGCACAACCAAAAAGCCAAACCUAGCAAAAAAGCUGAUCCUUUUCUUGAUUUAGUGGCAUCAGGCCGCAUAAGCGUUCAGCCUAUACAUUCUUAUGGGCUCACGACUGUUGUUGAGAUCGACUUAGAGCAUCUCGCAACGGCCAUGAAGGAUCGUCUUAACCUAGUUCUCCCGUUCAUCCCAGAACUCUGUAACCGCUACAAUUGUGGCUCCGAGACCUCGAUAACCGAUACCAUCAUGGCCGAUGUUAACAUGAUGGUUGACACAGCGAUUUCGGUCACUUACAACCGUCUCCGUCACAUCCUCGAGCUUUACAAUCCUACCGUUUGCAACACUCGGAUGAACCCCCGAUCACCGGGUAGCAACAGGUACAGAUUUCCAGCUUUUAUCGCUUCUGUUCUUGGUAGCAUCGGACCCCUUCGUGUUAUGGAUGGUCCGGAGCCGAUGGUUAUCGUCUAUUCCACGUCUGCAAACAGGAGUCGAACCUAUGGUCGUGCUGCACCUUUUAACUUCAUCUACGGUCAAUUCGAACGCCUCAUUGACAAUCUCGAAGCCAUCGGUGUGCCGCUUGCCACAAUCGACGUGAAAGCAGUGGAUCGUGGUGGGUCGUUUUUCUCGACCAUUGUCCCGACCCACCACGAUGGUCUAUGGGGCUUCAUUGCCCCAUUUCAUCAUUCUCAUUACAAGCACAAGGAUAUUGUGAACGCUUGGUUCACUCUCCAUGACGAUCCCACCAUUUGUGCUUUCGAAGAUUGCAGUUUGAGGAUCGAAUGCUGCACCGACCCCGCUGUUGUUGAUGCUGUCAAUGCUACUGGUCCUGAGAAUGCUCCUGAUGAUCUGGACGGAGCUAUGGCUCGAACCCAACCGGUCGGUGGUCGUUUUCCGGUGAACGUUUUCGGGAUACGGUCAGCAGUCGCUGCCAAAGGAGCUAAUGCCGCUGUCCCGGCUGCGGUUUACAUCAUAGGACGAGGCAACAAACGCUACUACUGCACUUCACUUGCUCGAAACCUCACGCAACGUGAAAUGUUCUCCCUGCUGCGUGAAUUUAUCUUUACGCCAUCGUAUGGAAGUACAAGCUUCUAGGCAUAGGGGCAACAAUAACGUUAUUAUAGCAUAUGUUAACCGGUUUAUGCUUUAACAUCUGUAAAAUUAAAUUAACCUGGACCGACCUGAAUUUGAUUCAAAACCUCUUAA